GAUGGUCAGCUGUGUAUGUGUCACUUCCGUCAGGGCCAGUUCAGUGCUUGGAAAUGGCUCUUGUCCCAAGUCCCAUCUCUCCCUACUUAACCCCAUCAUUUUCCCUGGGGCUGGCUCAGGACAGAAGUCCCAGCGGAGGAUCAGGAUUUGCUGUGUGACUUCAGGUUUCCAUCACACUUUGGAGGCUGUCUUCCCACCCCUUUAUCUCCAGCUGAGAUUCUUUAGAAGCUUACCACCAUUAGCUGCUUCUGACCACCUUCACCUGAAGGCCACACAGGAGAUGAACAACUACCGGCGGGCCAUGCAGAAGAUGGCAGAAGACAUCCUGUCACUGCGGAAACAGACCAGCAUCCUGGAGGCAGAGAAUCGCCUGCUGAGGAGCCAGCUGGCCCAGAAGGAGGUAGAAGAGGAGUCAGCCAGCCCCGGCAAGGCCCAGAACCUGGCAUCCGUGAAGCAGAAACUGCUGCUGAGCGAGCUGGACAUAAAGGAGCUGAGGGACAAGCGUUUGCAGAACGAACUGAUUCAAAAGAAUGAUCGAGAAAAGGAGCUGCUCCUCCUACACCAGGCUCAGCAGCCACAGGCUGCACUGCUGAAGCGCUACCAGGACAAGCUGCAGAAGAUAAAGGCGCUGGAGGAGACCGUGAGACACCAGGAGAAGGUGAUCGAGAAGAUGGAGCAAGUGCUGGAGGACAAGCUGCGAAAGAGGAGCAAGCCUCUGCAGGACAAGCCGCAGGGAAAGCCCAGCAUGCCCUUCCCCAUGCUCUCGGCCUCUGGCCUUCCCCUGGAUCCUACGGGCGAGAAUCUGCCUGUUGACGUCUACUCAGUGCUGCUCACGGAAAACUUGAGACUGCAGGCAGAGCUGGAUAAGAACUGCCACCAGUCAGCCCCCGUCAUUCUGCAGCCAGAGGCCCUGCCGGAUUCGCAGGAGGAUCUCCUUGCCAAUAAUUCAGACAAGUUUAACCUCCUGGCCAAGCUGGAACUAGCUCAGAGCCGGAUCCUGUCCCUGGAAAGCCAGUUAGAGGACUCAGCUCGGCGCUGGGGACGAGAGAAGCAGGACUUGGCCACACGGCUGCAGGAACAAGAAUAUGGCUUGCGGCACCCUUCCAACAUGGCCACCACAGACGUGCCCAACCCCUCCAAGGACCAAACGCAACCCUCCAAGUUGGACCCCUUGAUGCCCAGCUCAGAGACUAAGCUCAACAAGCUCUCGAAAUCUCAACAGACUGACUCCUAGCAGGCCUGAGUCCUAGAGCAGACCUCCCCUUCUGCGUGCUGGAGUCUCAGCCCCACCCCCUUAAAAUGACUUUAUUAAAUGCUGUAUGUCAGUGAGCAUUCACCCCUUUCCCAGAGCAGGGCAGCCUGGGGUACCUAAGCUUCCUCCUUCCAGACCCCACUCUGGGUCUGGGCCCUCUGCUGUAGCCCUAUAGCCUCCUGCCUGUUCCAGGAGCUACCCUCUUUAGAGAGUCAAAUGCCAUAGUGGACCCAGGACAGGAGUGGGCAGGGAGAGUGAAGAGGCCUUUCAAAGCAGGAACCAGGAAGACAAGCCCCAUUCAGACCUCCAAAAGAAUUGAGACCACCAGAGGUCAGCUGGUAAGAGAGGCUGGGAUUUUCUACCUGCCCCUCAACAUGUAUCAUAUCUGAAAUCCUUUGUUUCAAGUUUGGUUUCUCUGUUUCUUGGGAAGGAAAAGACUUGAAGCCUGCCUGUGACAAUCAGUUACAUGUUAGUAUGAAAUACUCCAUUCACAAGGGAUAGGCUGAGCUGGGAGUGUUGUGUCUAAACACAUCCGGGGACAGAAAAGCAGAUGGGGCUAGAAGGAGGAGCCCUCCACUGAAAGUUAGGAGGCCUGGCUUCGAGCUACAAGCAUGCUGUGUGAUCUUGAGUGACUCAAGCAACCUCUCUGGGCUAACAUCUGUGACCGUAAGGCCCUCCAACUCUAACAUUUCCAAGCAAAAACGACUCAAGUCUGGAGAAAGGAAAGGAAGCAGGAAGGAGAGAGAAAGACAAUAAGGAAGCAGACUGUGAUGAGGAAAAGCAGAAAGGCUCCAAGAGUGAACUCAGAACCUGCAGAUCCUGGUAGAAGAGGCCAAGCCAUUCAGGCUGCUAUCUGAGCAGCACUAGCCUCCCAUGUCUGCCUAACUUGGACUUGAGUAGCCAAGGGCCAGGGAGACUCAGGUACCUGGUCAAGUCAGGAGUCACAGAACUCAGAGGGGGUCAAGGGGGUUAAAAUUGAGACCAUUGUCAGGCAGUCCAAGUAAUGCACCAGAGACUCUGCCCCAGUCUCCCUGCCUAAUGCCCAGAGCUUGGACCUGUGGGCCUGUCCCACUGGUGCAGGAAGUUGAGGCCUGGGGAAGCCCAGAGAAGGGUGGGCAGGUGGGGUAGAGGAAGCAUGCCGGCCUCUUCUUCCCAGAGUCAGUCACCUCACACCAGCCCCUCACCCACAGCCUCUUCACCACAUCAUCCCCAGACAUCAUGCUCGAGACUCUCACUGGCCCUUGGCAGGAAGUCCUUGUGGCCCCACAGGGAAUUCCCACCCAAGGCUCAGCCAAGCAGAGCACUGCAGGAGGCUCACCCCUGAUAGGUGGGCCUGCCCGGGGAGCCAGGAUUGGCCACACCUCUCAGGCGGCCCUGUUCUCUCAGCAGAACUCAGCCAAGUUUUUGUCCCUCUGCCAGCUGCUCCAGUGGUGCAGUGGCAAUAGCCAUCCAUCUGCUCUGCCUCAUAAGCAACAGGACAACAGAGCGGUGGAGCCUGUUGCCUCCUGAGCUGCUGUAGGUGGGUGGGUCCCAGCAGAAAUGGCUGCAAGGGUAGCAGUUCUCCAUUCAUGCUCAGAUCUAUCUGCUGACCUGGGUCAGAGAGCAUCGCUCCAGGAGUGAUGACUACCUUAGGGGGUCAGAUGGAAAAUGAAA